CUUUUUCCUGUUAUUUUUUGCCGUAAUUAUAGAAAAGGCAUGUCCAAAAGCACAAGGGUUUUCAUAUUGUGACAAAAUUUAGGUUUAAUUCCUUGAUUUGUUUCAUAUUUAACCAUAUAAAUGUCCAUAAAUCACAAUGGCCUUUCCAAUUAUUUUUAAAAAAUCUUUCAUUGUUGUUGAUUUCCUUGAGAUCCCAAACCAUCAAUGGACAUUCAUGUUCUGCAUUGGAUAAAAAAAUACACUUGAAUGAAAUUUACUUGGGUUCUUUGGAUAUUCUGCUGAAGGGAAUAAAGUGAAUACUAUUAGUUAUUAUAUACCUCAUAUUAAGAUUCUUAUCACGGAUUGGUCAAAAGUACGUCAUGUGACCAGGUGUAGAUCCACCUAUUAUUAUCUGAUGGUUUUUACUUUCUAUCCAUUGAAAAGUAGGUCAAAUGAUCGAAUGGUGAAACCUGUGGAUAGUAGGGCAAAACCCUUGCACCAAGAUGAAACCCCUCCACACACAGUGCAUGUAGAAGACUUUUCUUUAUUUAUACUAGAUAUGGUCAAGGUCUAGAUAACUAUUUAUGGUCUAGACUAGAAGUUAGUAUUUUUAGCUGCAACAUUAUUAAUGAAGUAUAUAAAACAAACAUCGACUGCUCUAUAUUCGGAUGUUGGAAACAUCAUUCCCUCCGUGCUUUUCACACCGGCCCUUCUAUCACCUCUUGCCUUGGCCAAGGCCUCGAAGGGCUGGUAUGAAAAGCACAUCGGAGAGUGAAAUUUCCACCGAGCAUCCUCAUGAGCAGUCAAUAUUUGUGUACUCCCUGCUUGUUCAUGAAAUAUGGGCAAAUAUCUGCGGCUCCGGCCUCAUGGAAUAUGGCACUAGACCAUUGAUAUUUCUCGUAUUUCAUAACAAUAAGCAGGGGGGGUAACAAUUUUAUCUUUUUAAGUGUAGGUCUACAUAAAUUCUGUAGUAUAAUCUCAUUGGUAAAGUUACGAUGGAAACUUUUGUAUUUUUUCCAUGUUGUACGGACAUUGCCCUUUUCCAAUUUUCGAAAAUCGGUUAUAAUAUUCUUAUAUAGAGUCGGAUUUUUUUCUAAUUGGUGUACAGACACCUAUGACAACCUUAGUCACUGACUUGUAACAUUUGAAUGAGGAGAUACACAUUUUCUAAAGAUUUAAGGCCAUUUUAUUACAAGAUAUUCCCAAAAAUGAAUAAUUAAAAAAAAGGUUUUCACUGAGAGUGACCCGAAAAUGGCAAAAAUCUAAUUAUAUGGGCGAAAAAACUUAACUUUCCCAACAUUUUAGAUACCUGGCUAUAACUUUAAAGAAUUAAGGAAGAGUGCUAAUGAAUCUCAAUUUUCAGCAUUUUUUCAUGUUCUGGCAUGGAAUUGCCCAAUCCAUAUUUUUCAAACUUUGGUCGAUUUACACAAUUUAACACUUUUCUUCUUACAGCGGGCAAUCAACACGCCAAUGGAAAAGAGGAGGAAGAAAUAUUGACACUCGAACAUAUCGUGAGAUUCGUAACUGGAUUGUCCAACAAACCAGUGUGUGGGUGGCAGCCGCCACUGAGUGUAGCAUUUGUCAGACAGGACAUGUCAACAGUGGGCAUCAAGGCAUCCACCUGCUCCCAUGAAUUGCAUCUUCCUAUUCCUCAGAAUCAUACACAAUCGCUACCACCCAGGAAUGUUUUCUUUUCGCUAUUCUGCGCAUCCUUCCCUGAUGAGUUUUUUGGAAAGGAUUAAUCCUUGCACCAUCACAAUCCAGUCCGAAGAAAGCCCCUAAAAAAAUCCCCUCCCCAAGUAGGGAUUAUAGAUGCUGCCAAAACAUUCCAUGUUGAUAACUCAUUUUGAAUAUUUUGAUAGACAUGUAUUACAAAACAUAGUAAUACAGUAUAGUUUUAUGAAACCUAAUUUGUAACGUUUAUUGCAUUUCAAUAUGUUUUAAGCAUGCCUACUAUGAAUGGGCUUAGCGCUGAGAGGCAGCUUGCACAACCUUCUCUGAAUUCAUCUGAAUUUUACUAUAUUUCUUCUUAUUGGAUGAGUGUUCUUUUUCAAGUGUCAAAUUAUUAUGUGCCAUAGAUUCAACUAGACCAACAUUGAGCAUUUCUGGUGCUGUUUUGAUGAUCUUUUUUCAAAUUUGAUUUUUGGCUUUCUUACUGUGUGUACUAUUAGGUAAGGCAGACAUCUUAUCAUGUACUUCAUUCAAGGUAUGUAGUCAUUCAAGUAGUGUUUAAGAUCCUGACAUGAAUGGAAUGUUGGAGCAGCUAAAUGAUUACAAUGAAGCUGCACAGUCUACUAUUGUUGGUUAUAUUGUCAUUCAGUGUCUGUGACCAGAUCCUAAUUCUAAAGAGAUUAGGUUCAGUCUUUGUGGGAGCACUGAAUGGUUGUCAGGAGGGCAUGUGAAGUGCAAGUAUAUUGGAAAGCCUGUUAACUACUAUAGUAAUUCUUGUGCUACUGUAGCACCCCUUUGGUGUACUACAUAAUAUUUCCAGCUUAUGUAUGAUUUCUUUAUUUCAAACAUAUAUCUUGUUAGCUCUGAUAUGAAUUCUUAAGUAUCUUCAUCAUGUAUUACUUCUAUGUUUCAUUUCUUAAGAAUAUAAAAUAUAUAUUCUUCCUUCAAACUUGUAUCAAAUUCACAUACCUUCAGUGUAUGUGUUAUAAAUCAUAGGGUUUGCUGCUUGCAGACCCUAUAACACUCUUUUGUCUUUAUAUUAACCUGUCUGAGCUAAACAAUGGAUGCUCAGAUUACUUCAAGUUUAAUGGGCCUUUGUGCUCUAGACUUAAGACACCCUCUUUGUCUGAGAAGAAUUUCCCUCCAAAUUCUGUUUUGCACUCACCCCUAUAGUGGACUGAACUAGUCCAUUAUUUGUAUAGGUUAGUUUCAGAUUUUAAUAUUAUAUGUUUUAUUUUAUAAAUUUUGACAUAUAAUGAGAUGUCUUAUUUCAAGUAUUAUGUUUUAUAUUAUAUUGUUGCAUUUACAAAUACAUAAAUAUUUGUGGAGUUUAGUCAAGUAGAAAUGACCAUUCAGGGUCAUUCAGGAAGAACAGUUCAGAAUAUUGACUCCUCUCAAUCUCGCCUGCCCCGACUUGGCCUGUUUUCUGGCAAGGAGCCAGUCAAGCAGGGUGAGGUUGAUUGGGAGACAUUCUAUGAUGUGGCGAAAGAGAUUGCCGCUAUGCCCAGCCUAGACGAGCAAUCUAAACGCUGUGAGAUCGUAACUCGUCUUGUCCUGCCUGCCAAGGAUUUUGCUAAGCAGGUUGCAUCCACUGCACCCGCCCUAGAUUUGCUCUCCUUCUUGGAUAGCAUAUAUGGGAGGGUGCAAAAUAACAACCUGCUGUUGCAAGAGUUCAUGGGCAUGGUCCAGGACAAGCAGGAGAAACCUUCCGAUUUCCUUAAGCGCCUUCAACUCAAGGCCAGUAGGCUUGUAGAAAUUGGGGAGUUUUCUCCUGAGACUGCAGCCCAAAAGCUGCUUGAUAAGUUUAAGUUAGGCUGCCACGAUGAGUAUAUUAUCACCGUGACCAACCUACAUAACCAAAUUAUUGCACCCCCUUUUCCGAAAUUAAUCAGCAUAGUAAGAGAGGCCGAGGCAACAAGGAAUGCCAAAAUAGCCCAAUAUAAACCAAACCCAAAGUCAGCACAUAGUUAUGUACAACAAUUCGAGAAUAUGAACUUAUUUCACACAGGGAACCCAAAAGAGGCCCAAUCUAAGCAUGAUAAAUCACAGAAAAAUUCGAGCAAACAAGCAUCUGCCAAUAAACCUAAGUCUAAUAAUUCCACUACCCGUUCUAAAUCAGCCCCUCGAUGCCCAGUUCGGGUAUUAGUUUGUUUCAAGUGUGGGGACUUCGACCACAAGGAAACUGAUUGCCCAAACCCUCCCAAUGAGGAACGAAAAAAUCGGAAUCUCGCCCGUAGAAAAGAAAUCAUUGCUGCGUGGGAUUCAAUGAAUUCACACAACGACUCUCCAAACGAAUAGAGACCCCUGUUGUUGGGCGGCCGGGUGGUCAAAUUGAUGGUAAACAUCCUAAGAAUGUCCGUAUGUUUUCUAAUCAAGAAUUAUUUAGUGUAAGUAGUACAGUAGUCUACCUGCAGGCUUAGUUGGUGAGCCGUGUGAAACCAGUUGUGUAGUGGACAACAUUCCUACCACUUGUCUUUUAGACAGUGGAAGUGUUGUCACCACUAUACAAAGGGGUUUCUAUAACCAACAUUUGAGAGAUACUCAUCCAUUAGAGAAGCUUUCAAAUACCUCUCUACGUAUUGAGGGUGCGAAUGGACAGCCAGUCCUAUAUGACGGUUUUAAAUUUGUCCCAAUCACCCUUCCAAAAGAGGUUGCUGGGAUAGAAACCUCUGUAGAUGUGUUAGCCAUUAUUGUUUCUAGUCAGACAUCUUGCCCUUCCCCUAUGUCAUAGGUACCAAUGUGUUCAAAGGCCUUGCCAAGGCCUGUAGAGCACAUCUGGGUUCUCGGCUCUUAUCCAGUAAGGAUAUUUCACCUGCAGUAUAUGCUUGCUAUCAGAAGGCGAUUCAUGAGGAGAAGAUGGGUGAUCCCAUCACUGGUCAAGUAGGCAAGGUGCGGUGCAGGUUGCCCCACCCUAUUACACUUGAGCCAUCUCAGAUGCUUGAGGUAAAUGGCUUUCUAUAUACCUCUUUGCCUAAGGGCAAGCAUGAUGUUCUAAUACAUGAGGUGGAGGGUAUACCAGGACUCCAGGUGGUGAAUUCCAUUAAUAAGGUACGAGGGAAGAAGGCCAAUGUGAGACUUACCGUCGGUAAUAGUUCUCAUGCACCUAUCACAAUCCACAAUAAGCAGACAAUUGCUAUUGCCUGUACAUUUAUGUGGAGUAGGUCAGUUUCUCAGGUGUGCGAUAAUUUGAAGCAAAUGUUUACUGCUAAGGCUGAAGAAUCACAACCCAAUGUGACUGUGCCUUGCUAUUUCACAUCAUCACCUCAGAAUGUAAAUGAUGAUGAUGAAGAUAGCACUUCUGAUUAUGACAUUGGGAUGUUCCACAAGAAUUUGCAAAUUCACUGAGGCAGCAAUUAGAUCAGUUAGAUGGUUUGUUUUCUAAACAUGACCUUGACCUUGGUUGUGCUCAGGGCGUGGAGCACAGUAUCAACCUAUCUGACAAGACUCGGUGGAAUGCACGAGCACGUCCCAUUCCACAGAGCAUAUCAUAAUCCUAUCAUAAUCCUGUUAAUCAUGUAUAUGUAUAUAUAUAUAUUAUAUGUGACCAGCCACCCCAAAACCAACAAUAAAUCGCCCAAAGUGAAUUUUGAGAUUUUAAUCUAGUUUGAAAAAGCACAGCCAUAGCUUUAAAAUGAUAUAUAAUUUGUCUAAAUUGAUCAACAAUAACCCACUCAAAUACUUGAUUGAAUGCAGAAGAAACAAAGCAUGAGCUUCAGAAAAAAAAGGAGAAAAUGUUUGAAGAUUGCGUUCACUCAAGCAUGAGAUGUGCACACUGCAAUUUCAAUUAAACUUCCAAGCAGUCCACAAAAACUAGUGUCAAAGAAACUCUUGUACCUUGUCUUCUAAUCGAGUUUACAAUUUGAAACUUUUACAGCAUAAAGAGUAUACUUCUUCAAAUAAGCUAAUUUUAAAAUUUUGGCUUUUUGAAGAACAAUUUACUAUUUUGACUAUUACACAGAACCUUCUCUGGCGACUUAUUGGUGGUUUGGGGGUAGCUGGUUACAUAUAAUGUAAAUAUGCUUUAUUAAUAAUAAAGGAAUAAUUAUUUUUUCCCUUCAAAUCAAGAUAGUGUACAAAA